AUGGCUGCAUCGUUGAAGACCCAACCCCCACUGACAGAGCAUUAUACUGUAUCCUUUCCUCACCCCCAGACCCUCCUAGUCACUAUCAACCGCGAGAAACAACGAAACUCUCUACCCUCAGAUGCCCAUUGGGAAGCCCAUGAGCUCUUUACGUGGUUCGAUCAUGAGCCAUCCCUACUCGUUGCUGUAAUCACCGGCGUGGGGAAGAAGGCCUUUUGCGCGGGUCAAGAUUUGCAGGAACAGAACUCGAAACAGGCUAGACACUUAUCCCCGGCUCAGAGGGCAGUGUAUGCGCAUCCACCUACUGGCUUUGCAGGAUUGAGUCAGAGGAAAGGCUUGAAGCCUGUAUUGGCCGCUGUGAAUGGGUUCGCCCUCGGCGGAGGAUUUGAGAUUUGUCUUAAUUGCGAUAUCGUAGUUGCUUCACCCACAGCCGAGUUUGGUCUUCCGGAAGCAGGAGUUGGGUUAUUUGCCGCGGCUGGGGGUCUACCACGCCUUGCAAGAGUAUGUAGUAUGCAAAUCGCUACUGAGCUGGCGUUGACCUGCCGUCGCUUACCCGCACAAGAAGCUCUGGGUCUUCGCUUGAUUAACAGGAUCUCCAAGACGCCCGAGUCUCUGCUGGAGGAGACCUUGGCCAUCGCAAAGCGAAUCACUGAAUUCUCUCCGGACGCUAUCUUAGUCACGAGACAGGGUUUGAGGGAGGCAUGGGAGACCUCAAGUGUUCAGCAUGCGACCUCACGAGUUUAUGAGGCGUAUGUGGACCGGGUGGUCAAAGGGGAGAACUUUAAGAUUGGGGUGGAGGCUUUUGCAAAGAAGAUCCAGCCACAUUGGGUAGAGUCUAAACUUUGA